CAAAACGACACGACACGUUGGGAAAACAACGCGCACAAACAACAACGACGACGACGACGACGACAAAGCAAGCGCCACCACCUCAGCUCAGCUCACCACCUCCGCGUCCGGCUGCGAUUGUGUCGCGAUCCCCGCGUCGUCUCUCAGGAUGCUGCCGCUGAAGCGAUUGAUGAAGGAGUACAAAGACCUGGUCCAGAACCCUUCGCCAGGCAUCCUUGCAGGUCCCAUUGAUGAGGACAACUUCUUGGAGUGGGAAGCGUUUGUCACGGGACCUGAGGACACGCCGUUUGAGUUUGGCGUGUUUCGCGCCGUGCUCACGUUCCCUCCAGACUACCCUCACAGCCCUCCCAAGAUGAAGUUCACCUCCAAACUCUUCCAUCCAAACGUGUACCCUGAUGGCUCUGUGUGCAUCUCCAUUCUCCACGCGCCCGGCGAUGACCCCUCCGGCUACGAAACCGCCGCUGAAAGGUGGUCGCCUGUGCAGAGUGUUGACAAGGUGUUGCUGUCUGUUGUGAGUUUACUCGCGGAGCCAAACGACGAGAGCCCCGCCAACGUCGACGCAGCGCCAUGGAACGUGGCUGGUCGCUCACGCACGACGCCAGCAAACCCGGCCAUCACACAGGCAACCGCCACCCACCACAACAGCAAGUUCAUCUCACAUCGCAUAGCAGCAGCAGUAGCACAGCAUCGCAGCAGCACAGCAUCGCAGCAGCGCAGCAAAAAGAAGUGA